CUAUCAAACCCUUUUACAUGCUCCCAGCUGACAAUGACACCGUGGCCUGCUUUGACCUCCUCCUUCCGUCUCUGGGCGAAAUUGCCGGCGGAUCCUUAAGGGAGCACCGAUUAUCCCACCUCGAAGCCUCCCUCCCGAGUGAGGAGUAUGCAUGGUACGCUGAUCUACGACGCUACGGGUCGAUCCCACACGGAGGCUGGGGCAUGGGCUGGGAUAGAUGGAUAAGUUGGAUCACCGGAGUAGAUAAUGUUAAAGAUGUAGUCGCUUUUCCGAGAUGGGUCGGACAUUGCAAGUAUUAAAUGUAUACAAUAAUACAUCAUGGAUGAGGUCCCAGAGCUCGUUCCAGCGGCGGACGACCCAUAUGCUCGACCUCGUAUCCCCUUGACACUGCUCACUGGGUAUCUCGGUGCUGGCAAAUCUACCCUGCUCGAGUACAUCCUCACUGCGGACCAUGGAUAUCGUAUCGCCGUCUGCAUGAAUGACUUUGGCGAUACGACGGACAUAGAGGCCAAAUCCCUCACCUUGUGCGACCCUUCGACAGGAGAGCAAUCCACAUCGUUCCUCUCACUUCCCAAUGGAUGUCUCUGCUGCUCUGUCAAGGACCUGGGGAUCGCAGCAAUAGAGGAGAUGGUGGUGAAUCAAAGGGACAAGGUGGAUUGGGUCAUGGUGGAAUUGACGGGCGUAGCGGACCCAGGCCCCAUUGCUAAAUCCUUUUGGGAAAACGAAGAAAUGGGCGACCUAGUCCUCGACGGGAUCGUGUGCGUCGUGGAUUCUAAAAACUUUCUCAAACAACUCGAUGACAAUCGCCCAGGCGAGAUCAACGAGGCGCAACGGCAGCUCGCGGCGUCCGAUGUCAUUCUCCUCAACAAGGUCGACCUCGUAGACGCCGCCCAACUCGACAAGGUCCGAUCCCGAGUGACCGCUAUCAACCCUACACUACGCAUUCACGACACAGUCAAAGGCAAUAUGCCUCUUGACCGAAUCUUCAACCUUCAUGCCUACUCCAAGGGCAAGUUUGACACUGUCCAUGACCACCCCUCCCACGUCAACUCCAUCUCCACCGUGCUCAUCCCUCUGCCCCGCUUGACUCCCACUCAGUGGUCCAGACUCAACCUGUUCCUUGAAAACGUUCUCUGGACUGGCAAACUAGACGGCGUGGACAUCAACGUUCUCCGGACCAAAGGUCUCAUCCACCUCGACGAUGGGAGAGAGAUGGUGCUUCAAGGCGUCAUGGAUAUAUUCGAGAUCAAACAGAGCAGUGAGCCAGACGAGGCGGCACCAGGAAAAAUCGUGUUCAUCGGACGAGGCGUCCAAGACCUUAAACCCGCCCUCAUAUCAUUCGUAGACUUGUAGCAUGAAGACUUGACUAUUCUGCUGUGGGCAACUCUUCACCUGCCGAAGGGCAGUCCCUAGGACAUCAGCUGACCUUCUCGGACCUCCAAACUCACUUGGCAAUGUGACCCUGCUCUUGACACUUGUAGCACUUUUUCGACGCAUGGACAGUCGUCUCGUCCCUCGGCAUCAAGCAGUCCCUUGCAAUAUGAUUCUCCCCGUUGCAUCGACUGGUUUCCGUCAGCGCCAUCACGCUGUGCCUAAUCUUUUUUUCUUCUCACUAGCACUUGACAGGCGAUCCAUCCGCACCGGCUGUAGGUCGAGGUCGCUGGAAUCCACCUCCUCGAGCGGCGAAACCGCC